CUGAGAAGCCAGCAGGAAACAUGCUCUCGGUGGCCCCAACCUACCCCUCGGCCUCUUGUCGCCUCCUAGACCACUGUCCCUGCAGUUUCUCAGGCAUAGGUAGGAUCCUAUGACCAGCUGCUCAUUCCAGCCCACAGUGAUGGAGGCAAAUUAUUCCUCUCGUGUGGAUUCUGAGUUCCGAUACACCCUCUUCCCAAUUUUUUACAGCGUCAUCUUUGUGUUGGGGGUCCUCGCCAACAGCUAUGUGCUGUGGGUCUUUGCCCGCCUGUACCCUUCCAAGAAAUUCAAUGAGAUAAAGAUCUUCAUGGUGAACCUCACCAUGGCUGACCUGCUCUUCCUGGUCACCCUGCCCCUGUGGAUCAUCUACUACUACAACAAGGGCAACUGGAUUCUUCCUGAAUUCCUGUGCAACCUGGCUGGCUGCUUCUUCUUCAUUAACACAUACUGCUCAGUGGCCUUUUUGGCUGUCAUCACUUAUAACCGCUACCAGGCUGUAACACAGCCCAUCAAGACCGCUCAGGUCACCACCCGCAAGCGUGGCAUCAUUUUGUCCUUGAUCAUCUGGUUGGCCAUUGUGGCCGCUGCAUCCUACUUCUUCUUCCUGGACUCCACCAACACAGUGCCCAACAAGGCUGGCUCAGGCAACAUCACACGCUGCUUUGAGAACUACAAUAAGGGCAGCAUCCCAGUCCUCAUCAUCCACAUCUUCCUCGUGUUCAGCUUCUUCCUUGUCUUCCUCAUCAUCCUCGUUUGCAACCUGGUCAUCAUCGUCACGCUGCUCACACAGCCGGUGCAGAUGCAGCGCAACACAGAGGUCAAGUGCCGGGCACUCUGGAUGGUCUGCACGGUCCUGGCUGUGUUCAUCAUCUGCUUUGUGCCCCACCACAUAGUACAGCUGCCCUGGACCCUGGCUGAGCUGGGCUUCCAGAACAGCAACUUCCACCAGGCUAUUAAUGAUGCACAUCAGGUCACUCUCUGCCUCCUUAGUACCAACUGUGUCUUAGACCCCAUCAUCUACUGUUUCCUUACCAAGAAGUUCCAUAAGCACCUCAUGGAGAAGUUCAACAGUAUGCGCAGCAGCCAGAAAUGCUCCCGGGUCACCACGGAGACAGGCACCGAAGUGGUCAUGCCGCUCAAAUAGGUCCCUGUCAAUUCCCUCAAAGAUUAGUCCCGGAUUGUUGGAGCCCAGAGGCUUAUCCUCCGUGGACAUCAUGGAGUGACCUGGGGGAAGAAGGGGUGUCUGAUGUGGCCCUGGCCUCUCCUCCCUGGGCACUGGUGGCCCAUUAGGUAUGGAGGCUACCUCACCAAGGUGUCGAUGCUGGCAGAGCCAGACUGCUGGGAAAUCCAGAACUUGAAUGAGCCCUUUCAGCCACCUUUGGGCACAUGCCAUAAUAACCUUGGUUGGUAACCUCAUCCCGAGCGCCUGAGUCUGAUAGCUCUGGAAGGAAUGUCAGGGCCAGGGGCAGUCCUUGGGGGUUGACACUGAGCCACCCAGUUCACCCUACCAGGACAGCAGUCCCAAAUGAGUAAGUCCUAAAGUUUUGGGCAACCACUCCCUUUAUCACUAAAAAGUCAGAGAAGGGGUUUUGGAAAAGGGAUGCUCCCCUCGCUGUGUGGCACCAUCUUUGGGAUAGACUUUUGAGCUAGGAUGGUGCCACCCAGUCUCUACCUAAAGGCACAAGGUCUUUGUGACACUUCUCAGGGGAAGUGGCUUGGUGGACCCUACUCCCGAGUCAUGCAACAACCUGUACUGAGUGGUGACCAGAGAAGAUAAAACAUGCAUAGACCGAAAGCUAGGAUGGGGAGCCUGUCUCCUGGGGCAGAUGUAUGUUCCCGCACAGGCCUCACCUCAGGCCUGGGGCAGCUCUGGGGCAACGGGAGAGACACAACACCCACAUCCACUUUCUGUCUCAACAAGGGACCCCGAUGAAGUAACUCCUGCAAGACAGCCACCCACUGUGGGUGGGCAAAGUCCCCUCAAAGCCAAAUUGGGGCCCUCCAGGCCACUGCGAUGCCCAGAGGCUUCCAUGGGAAAGGACAGUUAGGCUGAGAAGUGCCUGCAGGAAGGCCUCCAGAGCGGAAGGAGCCCGUCAGCUCCCCUCCCCACCUCACCUUCUGGGAGGCCUCUCUGACUUAGCUGCCACGAGCUGAGAAGAGCAACUAGAAUCCCAAGGGCAGGCAGGCACUUUGAGUUCUGGGUGCAGAAGAGAGGUGAAAACUUCUCUUGAGGAGUUCUAGAUGCCUGAGCCUCCUCUCGCACCCUGAGCACCUGCAGUGUGAACCUGACAGCUUCAGACCCAGGGGCUUGGAGGAGCCUUCCCUGGUUUCCAGAAAUUGUCUUCCUUUCCAGCCAGUGACCCCACAAAGCUGGGAUCCUCGUUUCCCACAUACUGGGCUGAUUUUGAUAAAUGCCUCCCAAUGGGCCAGAGACCUGCUUGGGUCUGGGAUGGCAGUUGUGGGCUGGACUUAGCAGGUGGUGACUAGGUGGAGAGUGAAGUGGACUAGAACUUCGGUGUCACACAGACCCAGGGUCAAGCUGUGGCUUUGUCACUUCCUGCUCAGGGCCGGUGAACUGAAUGUCCUACUUCAUAGAGUUAUGAGGAGCUGAUACCUCCUGGUCAGGCUGACUGCUCAUCUCAGAUUCCCCCGUCUUCUGAGAAUUUGUUCCCCCUAACCCUCCAAUAGGAGCUGAAGGGAUGAGAGGUGAGCGUCUGCCUCUAGUGGGGCCAGUCAGGUUCUUGCUUGGGAAUAAGCAGCAAGAUUCAGGGAUGCUCUUUCAGGCUCUGUAGGCCACUUACUGGAACACAUUUAAACUCUGGAGCUGUGUGUGCGUGCGUCUGCGUGUGUGUGUGAGGUGUGUGUGUCUGCAUGUCUGUGUGUGAGGCGUGUGUGUGAGGUGUCUGCGUGUGUAUGUGUGUGAGGUGUGUGCGCAUGUGUGUGAGGUGUGUGUGCGUGUAUGUGUGAGUGUGUGUGUGUGAGGUGUGUGUCUGCAUGUCUCUGUGUGAGGUGUGUGUGUGCGCGUGUGUCUGUGUGCGUGAGGUGUGUGUGUGCGUGUGUGUGUGAGGUGUGUAUGUGAGGUGUGUGUGCGCGUGUGUAUGUAUGUGAGGUGUGUGCGCGUGUGUGUGAGUGUGAGGUGUGUGUGUGUGUGGCCAGCGGGCCAGGGUUGAGGGAGGCACCUGCAUGAAUGUAGUAGAGAAAACAGCUCUGCUCAGAGAGAAGACAGAGAUAUGCAGAGCAAAGCAGAGAUCGGGGGUACCGCAGGGGCCUGGAGAGAGGAGGGGCAGUGCUUCCAGGGGCCUGCUGGCUCCCUUCCUCCAGGCGCAGCCCUUCUCGAAGCUCAACAUCUGCGCUGCUUCCUUUGGGUCCUUGUGAGAUUCCCUUUUAGGAUACAUUCUUAUUUUGCUUAAGCUGAUUUGAGUGAUUAUCUGUUACUUGCAACCAAAAGAGUUCUGAAUGAGAUAAAUGCUUGCAUGCUAAAGCACAGUGUUUCUUGAAUUUCAGCCGUUUGUGUACUCCCCUCGUAAAUUUUGCAAUAUCCAUGUACCAUCUGUAUGUUUACUCAAGAAAUAUAUUUCUCUAAAUCGAGUCACUUUUUAAAACUUUCACCUGUUUAAAAGAAUGCUUUAGAACUAAAUUGUAAAUGAAAACAAAUGCCACCUGCCACACAUAGAAGGUAAACAUAAACACAAAACAGAAAUAUUAAAAUCAAGGGACUUCCCUGGUGGCGCAGUGGUUAGGAAUCCGCCUGCCAGUGCAGGUGACACGGGUUCAAUCCCUGGUCCGGGAAGAUCUCACAUGCCGCAGAGCAACUAAGCCCACGCGUCACAACUACUGAGCCUGCGCUCUAGAGCCUGUGUGCCACAACUACUGAGCCCACGAGCCACAGUUACUGAAGCCCGCGCACCUAGAACCCAUGCUUCACAACAAGAGAAACCACUGCAAUGAGAAGCCCGUGCACCACAACAAAGAGUAACCUCGGCUCGCCGCAACUAGAGAAAGCCCGCAUGCAGCAACGAAGACCCAA